AGCUUGAAGUGGACUUUGUCUACAGUCAUUUUGACACGCCUAAAGCCGCGUUCGUUGCCUUCUCCAUCCUCUUCUUCCCCAAGAAAUCCAACACACGAUCGAUCUAUUCUUCGACCUCUCUCUGAUACGAUGAGAUACUGUACCAUCUUGACCGCCUUUCUCUGCCAAUGCUUCCUCCAAGCUUCUUCCUACGCUUCCUCCUGCUGCUUCUUCUUGUCGCCAUCUCUUCUCCAAGCAUUGCAGCUUCUCUGUCAACAGUAGCAAUCUCCCGUAUCUCGAACGUUGUAGUGGUUUGCGCCGUCGUUCGACCGAAUGCCAACAGAGGAUACGACCUGAGUUGCACCAGCCUGCCAACGGGGCACCGACGUAUUUACAGGUCGGGCCCCAUCUCCUCCUUUGCCAUCGCUGGUGGAGAUGGAUUCCUGUGCUUGCUCAGCCUGUCCACGGACGUCUCCACCAUGGUCUGGUGGGACUUGUAUCAGGAGUCCUACAACGGCUGGCCGCCGGACUACAGGAGGGUCUACAGCGGGCCGCCCUUAGCCGAUCUCUCCGCCGGAGACACGCAUGUUUGCGGCGUCCGAGGCGGCAGCCUCCCCCGUCCCACUUGCUGGCGCUGGAACCAGUUCACCUUUCCCGAGGGCGUGUACUUCUCUGAUAUCGCCGUCGGCGGCGACUUCGUUUGCGGGCUGCUGUUGAGCCGGGAGAUCGCAUGCUUUGGAAAUGACAUCGGUGUCGUGGGCCAGGAGCCGCCAGGGACUUAUUCCACUGUCGCCGCUGGCACCCGGCACGCCUGCGCGGUCACCGGGGACGGCAAGCUGGUGUGCUGGGGAGCGGGCAAGCCGGAGGUGGGAGUAAUUCCAAUCAGGAUCAGCUCGUUGGCACUGGGGGAGAACAAGACGUGCGCGCUCGGCAGCCAUGGAGGAGUAAUGUGCUGGGGAGAUAAUUCCAGUUUGCCGUCCAGCCUCGCCAACACCGAGUUCGUGGCGAUUCAUGCGAAGGGCAGUACGAUCUGUGGAAUUCUCAGGAUCAACUAUUCCUUGGCCUGUUGGGGAAGCGCCGUCUUCUGCCACAAACCGGUGGUCUUCGAGGGCGUGUUGCCUGGCACCUGUAUGCCGACGUCUAGUUGUCGCUGCGGUCCCCUGGAAGGCUCCGGCCAGUUGUGCGCCAAUGGCCGCGUCGUCUGCUCUCUCUGCGAGCUCGGGAGAGAAGCGAGUAGUCCGAGAGCACCUCUUCCUCCUCCACCUCCUCCGGCAUCUCCAAACGCAGCUGCGACUCCUCGUAGAAGGAAGACGGUUUUCGUGGUUAUCGGCUCCGUCGGGUUCGCCAUCGGGCUCGUGACAUUGAUCCUCUGUUUGCUCUACUUCGCUCGAUGCAACGGCCGCAUACAUGACUCCGGCGCGGCGAGGCGGCCGCUAGCUCCGGGCCUCCCGUCCGCGCUCGCGAGGCCGCACGGCUCGGGAGGCUUACACGCGCCUAUCGAAUGCCGAUUUAGCUCGUUGUUUUGCAGAGGACAUAGCGCCAUGGUGGAGGAGUUCCCGUUGUCGGUCCUCCUCGCCGCGACCGACAACUUCGCAGAGUCCCAAAAGGUCGGCUCCGGCAGCUUCGGGUCGGUCUACCGCGCCACCCUGGACGACGGCCGCGUCGUGGCCAUCAAGCGGGCCGAGACGUCGGCGUCGUCGUCGACCACGGCCCCGGGCCCCGCCGAGAACAAGCGCCCUGACAAGGAGUCGGCGUUCCUCUCCGAGCUCGCCCUCCUCUCCCGCGUGAACCACAAGAACCUGGUGCGCCUGCUGGGCUACUGCAACCAGGGGCCGGAGCGCGUGCUCGUGUACGAGUUCAUGGCCAACGGCUCGCUCCACGACCACCUCCACCGGCUACCGGGCGCGACCCUCGGGUCGUGGGGGGCGCGCCUCCGCGUCGCCCUCGACGCCGCACGCGGCCUCGAGUACCUCCACACCUACGCCGUCCCGCCCAUCAUCCACCGCGACAUCAAGUCCUCCAACAUCCUGCUCGACGAAACCUGGACGGCGAAGGUCUCCGACUUCGGCCUCUCCCUGAUGAGCCCGGUCGAAGACGAGCGCAGACCGGACUACCACCCUCCGGACCGGGCCGCUGGCACGGUCGGCUACAUGGACCCCGAGUACUACCGGCUGCAGCACCUCACCGCCAAGAGCGACGUCUACAGCUUCGGAGUCGUGCUGCUGGAGCUGCUGACGGGCUGCAGAGUGAUCCACCAGAACGAGGACAGCGGCACGCCGAGGAACGUGGUGGAGUUCGCCAUGCCGCACAUCGCGGCCGACGACGUCCACCGGGUACUCGACCCGAGGGUGCCAACGCCGAAGCCGAGCGAGAUCGAGGCGGUCACCUACGUCGGCUACCUGGCAAUCGACUGCGUGAGCCCGGAGGGGCGGGAGCGGCCGACCAUGACGGAGGUCGUCGACGGGCUCGAACGCUCGCUGGACGCUUGCGAGCCGCCGAGCGCGUCUCUGUCGCGGUCCACCACGGUCCGGUCCAUUUGAUCAAUUGAACCGGGUGGGGUUCUCCAUUGGUUCAAUAUAAUUUUCUUUUCUCUUGUAAUGCAACUAUUCAUUAAUUGAGGGAUGUGAACAGUUGGUUGAAUAAUAAUAAUAAUAAUUAUUAUUAAUUUUUUUCUCAAUUUGGAUCUCUAAUUAUUUUGAUUUUUAUUUUUUUUUGUGGGAGAUGGUGUGGAUGUGACAUUGGGUUAGUUGAGUUGUACCAACUUUUUCUUCUUAUUCUUUCCUGCAUUGGAAAUAAUGAAGACUAUAUAAAAGAUUGACACAAAGUAAUUAAUGUGUGUGCCUAACAGAAAGGAGGAGGAAGAAGAAGAGAAGAGGUGGUGCAAAACAAAUAAUUGACAGUAGAAGUCACAUGUCAGACAAUAGCUUCUUUGUCUGUCUUGACCAAGUUGAUGAUGUGAAGUUGGGCUGCAAAUUUAUGUAGGACAAAUUGCAAUCUUUUAGUAGGUUGAGUU